CAUUCACCGCGUGAUGUCGCUGAAACCAAGUGUCAUGGGUCAUGAGAGCGAUGCAGGUCAGGUUGGGCUGCUUACUGGUCAAGGAUUUCAACAUAUCGGCACGUCAUGUGGUUGUGUUACUCUGGGUGGUAACAUCGGGCCCUAGUAGUUUUAUGUACUUGUGAAUGUAGUUAUCAUCACUGACGUGGAAGGUGAUUACUGUCGGUAUUUUGCAAUUCAUUCGUGCGUUUGUUGAGAGAUACCGGCAGCACUAUUUGCGUUGUCAAACAUAAUUCGUAUAUUCAUCACAGAAGGUGCCGGGUUUCGUUUUCAAGGACUAGUGCUCGUGAAGCUGCAACUAAAUUUGAAUCAUGAUGUCUACACACCUUAGCAAGAAGGUGCUUUUGCGACAACUGAGGAGGUUCAGUUCCGAUGUGAAACUGAAUGAAGUCGUGAUCGUGUCCACCGCACGGACUCCUAUGGGAUCUUUUGGUGGAUCUUUAGCCUCGCUUUCUGCCCCGAAACUUGGCUCCAUUGCUAUUCAGGCUGCCAUAGAAAGGGCUGGUAUUCCAAAAGAAGAAGUCAAAGAAGUUUAUAUGGGGAAUGUGUGCCAAGCAGGUCUUGGACAAGCUCCAGCCCGACAGGCUGCGUUGUUUGCAGGUCUUCCGAAGAGCACUGUGUGCACUACUGUAAAUAAGGUGUGUGCAUCAGGGAUGAAAGCUGUCAUGCUAGCUUCUCAAAGUUUAAUGUGUGGUCACCAGGAAGUGGUACUGGCAGGUGGAAUGGAAUCUAUGUCAAAUGUUCCAUUCUAUCUGAAACGUGGGGAAACAAGUUAUGGUGGUGUAAAUUUAUUGGAUGGUAUAGUUUUUGAUGGUUUAACAGAUGUGUACAAUCAUAUUCAUAUGGGAAAUUGUGCUGAAAAUACAGCUAAGAAUCUCAAUAUUUCACGAAAAGACCAAGAUGAAUUUGCUAUAGGAAGCUACAAAAAAAGUGCUGAUGCAUACAAAUCUGCUGCUAUAAAAGAUGAAUUAGUACCCGUCAGUGUGCCUCAAAAGAAAGGCAAGCCUCCUGUGUCUGUGACAGAGGAUGAGGAAUUCAAAAGGGUUAAUUUUGAUAAAUUCUCUGCCCUCAAGACAGCAUUUCAGAAAGAAAAUGGUACAGUGACAGCUGGUAAUGCAUCCACUUUGAACGAUGGAGCGUCUGCCUGUGUGCUUAUGACUGCGAAGGCGGCUGAAAGAUUUGGAUGCAAACCUUUGGCCAGAGUUGUUGGCUUCCAAGAUGCCGCUACUGAGCCAAUAGACUUCCCCAUUGCACCAGCAUUUGCUGUGCCAAAGUUGCUUGAAAAAACUGGUGUGAACAAGCAAGAUGUUGAUCUUUGGGAAAUAAAUGAAGCAUUCAGUGUUGUUGUUUUGGCAAAUAUGAAAAUGUUGGAUAUUGAUCCCAAGAAAGUUAAUGUCCAUGGUGGAGCUGUGAGUCUUGGACAUCCAAUUGGUAUGUCAGGAGCCAGAAUCUUGCAACAUCUGGUUCAUGCUUUAAAACCAGGUCAGAAAGGCUGUGCGUCAAUUUGCAAUGGAGGAGGUGGGGCAUCUGCUGUGUUAAUUGAAAAGCUGUCUGUUGAUUGCUCCAUGAAAGAUACUUUACCAACAUUAACAUUGUACACAAAGCACCCCUGUAGUUUAUGUGAUACAUUGAAAGAAGAUUUGAAGCCCUUUGCUGAUCGUUUUUUAUUUCAAGAAGUUGAUAUUGAAGCCCCUGAAAAUAAGCGAUGGAAAAAGAUUUAUCGGUAUGAAAUCCCAGUUCUUUUCCUUGAAAAUCAAUUUCUGUGUAAACAUAAACUAGAUACCUGUCUCUUACAACAUAGACUGCAACAACUUGAAUGGGCUAAUAAAUAAUCAUUUAUUUUGAAAUUAAUUUACUUUUUUUAUUUAUAUAUGUCCAACCCUUAUUACACUGCAUUUCUUCGAUGUAUCAAAAAGUGUAAGAAAAUGAGAGACUGUUUACUGUCUUAACAUUGUAACAUGCAUGUCAACGUUCUUUUUAUAACCAAGUAAUGGUAUUGAAUGUGGAGUAAAGUAUGAUUGCAUGAAAAUAAAUUGGCAAUUUUAAUGAAACUUUUAUAACAGAUAAUAUGUACAAUAUAUGUAAGCAGUAGGAAAUGAAAUGAUUGCAAUAAAAAACCCAUAAAUUAUCAAAUUUUGGAAUAAGUAAUUUGCAUUAUAGUUCUAUCCGUUCAUAUAUCUGUCAUUUAUUGUGAUUACAAAUUGGAAGGAAUCAUUGGUAUGUGGAUUGGUGAUUUUUUCCCCUAAAGAAAUUGACUUGCAGUUUUUGUAAUGGUUUUUUUUCCCCAGUAGGCCUAUACAUAUCUACCAUUGUAUAUUAGAAGAUAAAAGAAAAAAAUAAAUUAAUUGUAAGUUUCAAUGUUCAUGAGGAACUGAUUAACAGUAUAGACCAAAUAGAGAUACAUUCAAAUUACAAUGCUCUACAUUUUACCACAUAAAACUUUUACAUUGUUACAAUUUUAAUUUUUAAUAAUAUUAUGUUUAAACACAUUGUUUUAGUACUUGUUUCAGUAUAGUUGGUGUAUCGUAAGAGGGAAAGAAUUAAACUGUUCGCUGAAUAAAAUAUAAGUUUAUUUAAAAGUGGUCAGCUGGGAUGUGGUAAUCUAAUCGAGAGCUUCAAUAUAAAAAAUUAAGACACAAGAAAGCCCCUGAUUGGAAAACUGCUUCCGAGCUGAUUGCUGUCAAUUAGCGCAAUGGUUUAUAUGUGUAUAAGUGUUUAUAUGUGUAUAACAUUAAGUUAAAUUUCAAUAAAAACUUGAAUCCUUUAGAGAAUUAAAUGACCUCUUCAAAACUUGAUGACUAGGAUAAAUUGGAAAUCUUCCCCUGAGGAAAUGAGUGCCUGGUGGUUGUAAUUCACACAAUCAUACAAAUAAGGUACACAGAGUUCUGUUACAAGAUACUGAUGAUUUUAUUAAUUACAUUGUUAUUGACGUUUCUUUCUACAUGUAAUACAUGCCAAUUUUUUUAUUGAAAUCAAAGAAGUACUUACUUGGUGACUUUAAAUCUAAAGAACUUUUUUUAUUUUUUUGUUAUUAAUUGGAAUUGUUGCGUUACUGUUUGGUACAGCUUCUUUCGUUCGCUACCUAUCGUACAACACAAUUGAACAUGAACCGAGUUUCGUGGAAGAGAGCUUGAAUAAAUGUAACGGAAUAUAUUGUACGUCCAGCUGCGGGUUUUCGGAGCGGGAUCCACAUUUCGAAAGCCGGCAACGCUGACGCGAGGGCAGCGCGGAGGUUGUUUAUGCAAUGACGCGCGUGCCGUCGGGGCUUGUGGCCGUCACCGGUAGAUGGAGACACAACCACGCGAGCAAGGGUCCGAAGCAGGAGGGCCGGGCCAUUGCGUGCGGCGGACUCACGGUUUGGGUCCCGCGACGGGCGUCAGGCGGAGCGGAGCGGAGCGGAGCGGAGCGGAGCGAGGCGAGGCGCGGUUUCUGUCGGUGCGCGUAGGCGUCGUCACGGAUCGAACGGGCGGCCGCCGCCGCCGCCGCCACCACCGCCACCGCCAGCGCGAGCGC